AUGCAAACACGCAAUAGCAAUAGACCAUUGAUCAAUCAAGCGACCAUUAAUCAAGCAACCACUGAACGAGCGACCACGGACCGAAUAACCACUGAUCAAAAGACCAUUGACCGACCACCGACCGACCGACCGACUCAGCAAGUACCGCCAAUCCCGCCAGCUAAUCUCGCCAGCCCAUCUAGCCAGCCCCGCCCCGCGAUACCGCCAAUCAUUAUGAACAGCGACUUGGCGGACGAAGAGGCCCGGAUCCAGCGGGCUAUCGCUGAGCAAGAUGAGAGGAUUGCGGCCAUUUGGCGGCAGGCGGAGGAGGAGGGGGAAGAGAAGGAAGGAGGGGAAGGGGAGGACCUGGCGGAUGUGGAUACGGAUGCAGAAGGAGAAGAGAGUGCAGAAGGCGAAGGGAGUGAAGAGAGUGGGAGUGAGAAUGGAAGUGGCAGUAGCAGUGGCAGACACAGGCAGAGGGAGAGUAGGCAUGUGCACACGGAAAGAGGCCAUCUGUAUCGGACGACGCCAUUCCCAUCACCGCCUGCAUCUCCUCGACCACCCCCGCCUCCACCUCCACCUCCACGCCUACUACCGUCCUCCUUCGCGCUUACCGCAGACGAUCAUUACAAUUUCACUCGGCUGCCCGCGACGCCCGCUUACGGACAGGAUCCAGGUCGCGCACAAUCAGAAGGGGCCGUCUGUGCUGCUGCGGCCGUUGCAGCCGUUGCGGCUUCUGCGUCUGCGGCAGCUCCAAGGCAAGGUCGGGGUCGGGGUCGGGGUCAGGGUUUAAGUCUAGGGGCAGGUCCAGGUCCGGGUCCGGGUCCGGGUCUAGGUCAGGAUCACGGCCAUAGUCACAGCUACGGCCACGGCCACGGCCACGGCCACCAUCAACCAUUACCCGUCCCCAUCCCCUCUCGCCAGCGCAUCUCGUCCGUCUCGACGAUCCGCACCCGGCUGCCGCGACCGCCUCCGUCCGCAUCCUGCCCGCCGCCGCCGUCCGCAUCUUCCCCGCCGCCUCCGUCCACACCCCCCUCCCCGCCUCCGCGGCUCCGCCUCUUCCUCGAACGCCAGCAGCAGCGAUGGCACGCGAGAUGGCUGAUCUGGCGCCCGCGCAGCAGCCACGUCCAGAUCCUGAUAGGCGCGGUCGCCCGCGUAGCGCAGGCCCUCUAUGCCCUCGCGCAGGCGGCGCUGCAGGACGUCGGCCGCGACAUCCGCGACGCGUACUACGUCUUCGGGCCGCUGGGCCGCUGGGUCACGCGCGGCGUCGCCCGCCUGGUCUGGUUCGUCGUCAAGUACUUCUACCUGCUCGUCGUGCUCGGGUACGCCGGCUGCGUCGGCGUCCACCAGCUGCUGACGCGGGUGCCGGGCGUCCGCUGGGUGAGCUGGAUCGGCCUGCCGGCCUACGCCCUCGUCGUCGGGGGCCUCUGCGCCGUGCCCCUCGUCCCGAGCUGCGACCGCGGCCUGUUCCGCCUCUGCGUGAUCUACGCGCCGCCCGACCCCGCGGGCAGCCGGCCGCCCGCCCCCGGCGCGAUCCUCGAGCUGAACGCGACCCAGGCCCACACCCUGCUCCACGACUUUGAGAGCCUCGCCUCGGUCGAGUUCUGGGACCAGUCCCUGCAGCAGGCCACCGACCUCGAGAAGCUGGGCCGCGAGCUCCGCCUCCUGCGGGCCCCGUACCAGCGCCUGCACGCCUACUGGAAGUGGGAGCCCGACGUCAAGCUGGAGGCGCGCUACGCGGCCGCCAUCGAGCCGCUGGCCCUCGUCAUCGCGACGCUCGACAGCUCGGCCGAGGAUCUGAUCGUGUUCCAGUACCACGUCUCGACGGCGUACACCAUGAUCGAGACGACGCUGCGCUUCUUCCGCCGCCGCAUCGGGACGCUGGCGCCCGGCUGGUACGGCUUCCGCGGCAGCGCCGUCACGGCCUUCAAGACCGACUACGCCGCCUUCGCCACGGCCUCCAUCGACCAGAUCGACCGGCUGAUCGCCUUCAUCGAGGAGAUCAUCGACCUGCUCCUCCGCACCCAGACCACCCUCGACGCCCUCUCGGGCGUCAUGCAGCACAUCGCGCGCGACCGCCUCGAGGACUACCGCGCCCAGUGGUGGUGGACCCGCCUCUGGUGGAGCCGGCUGCACUCGGCCUACUCGCUCGAGGGCCGCGACAUGGAGAACGUGCGGGCCGCCAGCGCGACCACCAUCGAGAGCCUGACCCUGGCCCAGCACCACCUGCAGGACCGCAAGACGCGCUGGGUCGAGUUCUACAACGUGCUGGACAAGUCGACGGGGGAGCUCGAUCGGAAGGGCUACGAGUCGCUGGCCUUUCAGCUGAGCGUGCUGGAUGCCAUCUGGACGGAGUAUCGGAAGAGGAGUCGGUUGGCGUCGGAGAGGGUCACGAGUGCGUUGUUGGAGAAGGAGAAGGGGAGGAAGGGGGGGAGGAAGGAGAUUGGAGCGGGGAAGGUGGUUUUUUGA